CGGAUGUGAACAGAUCAGUGAAAGUGGGCGUUGACCAACAAGCACUUCCCCSUCAACAACAGAUUCCAAUCGACGGCUCGACGUACAACUGGAAACCUAUUUCAUUCCACCCUGAACAGGAAUCAAGAUGUUUUAUACAUGUGGACCCAACGAAGCCAUGGUGGUGUCUGGGUGUGGCCGCUCUCCACCUUUAAUGAUCGCUGGAGGAAGAGUGUUUGUCAUCCCCUGUAUACAGAAGCUCCAGAGAAUUACCCUCAACACAAUGACUCUAAAUGUGAAGAGUGACAAAGUUUACACCCGUCAUGGCGUCCCCAUCUCUGUCACUGGAAUUGCACAGGUGAAAAUUCAGGGUCAGAACAAGGAGAUGUUAGCUAACGCCUGUCAGAUGUUCAUGGGUAAAUCCGAGGCAGAGAUUGCUCAGAUUGCGCUCGAGACGCUGGAGGGCCAUCAGAGAGCCAUCAUUGCUCAUUUAACCGUGGAGGAGAUCUACCAGGACCGCAAGAAGUUCUCCGAACAGGUCUUUAAAGUGGCCUCCUCAGACCUGGUCAACAUGGGGAUCGGUGUUGUGAGCUACACGCUCAAAGAUGUUCAUGAUGAUCAGGAUUAUCUUCACUCGCUGGGUAAAGCUCGUACCGCUCAGGUCCAGAGGGAUGCCAGGAUCGGAGAGGCUCAAUAUAAACGKGAUUCUGUUAUGAAGGAGGCCCACGCCAUGCAGGAGAAGGUGUCUGCUCAGUACAAGAAUGAGAUAGARAUGGCGAAAGCACAGAGAGAUUACGAGCUGCAGAAAGCAGCGUACGAUGCCGAGGUCAACACCAAGAAGGCCGAGUCAGAAAUGGCCUACCAGCUUCAGGUGGCGAAGACCAAGCAGCGCAUCGAGGAGGAGAAGAUGCAGGUCCAGGUGGUGGAGCGCACGCAGCAGAUCACUCUGCAGGACCAGGAGAUCAUCCGCAAAGAGAAAGAGCUCGAGGCUAAAGUCAAGAAGCCUGCCGAGGCUGAGAGAUACCGCCUGGAGAGGCUGGCCGAGGCUCAGCGCCUGCAGCUCAUCAUGGAGGCUGAAGCUGAGGCAGAGUCCAUCAAAAUGAAAGGAGAGGCYGAAGCUUUUGCUCUGGAGGCUAAAGGUCGCGCUGAGGCCGAGCAGAUGGCUAAAAAGGCUGAUGCCUUUAAGCAGUACAAAGAUGGAGCCAUGGUGGAUAUGCUGCUGGAGAAAAUACCACUG